CGAAAGUGCAUUUGUCGCGGAAUACCUCGCCUCGCCUCACAUAAUAUAUUCUCAAGAGCACAAAAAAGUGCAAACAUGGAUUGGGAAGCCACAUCUACCAGCCACGGAUCUAUACAGACCGUUAAGCGAAUUCUGCAGGUCGGUGAAGCGAUUAGCUUUGCAGACCCUCAAGGCAAAGAGGAGUUACGCUCUCUUGAAGUCGCUGAUAGCCCCUUAAACGAAUUCUCAAAUAUGCUGGAAGAAUAUCAUUCCAUGCUCAAUACUGGUUCUAGUAUUGCUCUUGGUCGUGGGGAAACGCUAUAUUGCGCGCGGUUGAGCAGAAGUCUAGAGACUCUCUUCACGACAAAUGAACCAGUGGUUGUCGAUGGACCCCGAAUCAACUGGGCUGCACUCGUACUGGCUGCAGGCCCCGCAUAUGAUGGUUCAGCCAAGCUGGUGAUAGGCGAUUCACACGUGGAUCUUCCGGAAAUUGACUAUCAAUUAAUAAGAUCUGGCCGACCAUGGCGAUUCCUUUCUCCAUGGCCAGGAAGUGAUGAUUGUCAAAAGAAAUUGGGGGCGAUUGAGAAGACGCGAGAGGAGCUCUCCAAUAUCGAGCAGAAACUAAGAAGAGUUUUGGACGCGACAUCCGCACUAGAUCGGAAGCUGGGCCGUCGCCAUAGCAUUGUUGCCCGACUUCUCGAGGAUCAAGCACACGAUGGGCAGAAGGCAGGACCAGGCUGUGUCUACAUGAGCACAGGAGGUAUGGACCAGGGUAGUACCCUGGAGGCCCUGGCCCAGGAGACAACUGGGGAUUCAGCUUCUGCCCAAGACAAUGGAGCCCCGUUGCUCGUGGCUCGAACGAUGCACGGGGUUGAGCAAGCCGCUCAGCUGAAGCCGAUUGCUGAUGGCCCGCAGGAAGCACCAAAUCUGGCUUCUGCUGAGAGCGAGGGAUUCAGCGGGAUUGAACCGGUAGGCCGAGAGGCUGACCUUCAAAAGCCUGCCUCACAUACCGAGCCCUUUGUUCAAAGCCUUAGCGAGUAAGCCUCAUCUGGAAUACCAAUUGUACAUUUGCCUCUAACGGAGAACAAGUGUGCUCGAUGAUCUAGAAUUCAAGGAUGUGAUGUGCUGGUCGCAGGAUGGUCAUUCUUUCUCAAUUCUCGCGGAGAAUGAUCUACCUGCCGAGUUGCUUGACAGAUUUGGGACGGAAAGUCUUCAUUCUUUGGUUCGACGAUUAU